AUGUGUCACAUUGAAAUAAUCUCAUCAACAGAUAAUUCUCGUUUAUUAAUUAUUUCACUUGAUGGAUUUCGUCAUGAUUAUUUAAAAAAACAUGUACUUCGAACAUUGAAUCAAAUACAAAAUGAAGGUAUUAAAACAAAACACGGAAUGGAACCAACAUUUGUUACAAUGACAAUGCCAAAUCAUGUAUCAAUUGCAACAGGGAUGUAUCAAGAAGAUCAUGGUAUUAUUCAUAAUCGAUUUAAUGAUACAAAACUUAAAAAAUUUAUAACAUUUAAUACAAAAGAUAUAGGACAAUGGCCUGAUCAUAAGGUAGAACCUUUAUGGAUUACAGCUGCAAAACAAUAUAAAAAAUCUGCUGUACUUUAUUGGCCAACAUCUCAUAAUGAAUUCAAUGGUAUUCGUCCAUCAUAUUAUACUUCGAAAUAUUCAGAUUCUGUUCCAUUACGUGAAAAGAUUGAUGAUGCUAUUACAUUUUUUAGUGAAUUUUCUUUUCAACUUGUUAUGCUUUAUCAUUUUGAACCUGAUAAACAAGGUCACGAAUAUGGACCUAAUUCAAAUGAAAUUCGUGAAAUACUUUUACGUCUUGAUAAUGAACUUGCUCAUUUGUUGAAGAGAGUUAAAAAAGAACUUAAUGAUGAUUUAAAUAUUAUUAUUCUAUCAGAUCAUGGAAUGGAGGAAACGAAACAAUUAAUUCAACCAUUUCUCGAUGGUUAUAUCGAUAAAUCUGCCGUUGAAGAUAAUAUACUUGAUGGUGCAUUAUUUAGUGUCACUCCUCGUUUAGGAUAUUUUAAACAAGUAUUCGAUAAUUUAACUCGUAUUCCUAAUGUUACUGUUUACAAACGCGAUGAAUUUCCAGAAAGAUAUCAUUAUGCAAAAGCAAUUCAUCGAAUUGGUGAAAUAAUCGUUAUGCCUAAUAAUGUAAACACUUUUUUUUCUCAAAAAACAGUGUUUACAAAUGUCUCAAAAGGUAAUCAUGGAUAUGAUAAUAAACUUCCAUCAAUGCAAGCAAUAUUUAUGGCACGCGGCCCAGAUUUUCAGCAACAUAUUGAAAUAGAUUCAUUAAAAAAUGUCGAUGUUUACCAUAUAGGUUGUAAAAUUUUGAAUCUAAAACCAAAUCCUUAUGCUACAGCUGGAUCGAUUAAUAAUUUAACUCAUAUUUUUCGUAAAAGAACAAAUAAAUGUUCGCAAUUGUUUAUCGACAUGUCCGUAGUAUUAUUUGUACUAUUUUUAGAUUUUGCUUUUUAG